GAAAUGGAAGAAGCAAACCAGUCGGUGGUGUCUGAGUUUAUUUUUCAGGGACUCUGUGACUCCGAGGAGCUGCAGAUCUUCCUCCUACUGCCAUUUGCUACACUCUACCUGCUGACUGUGGUGGGAAAUCUCUUUGUGGUGCUGCUGAUCAUCGCUGACCACCAUCUCCAUUCGCCCAUGUACUUCCUGUUAGCUAACCUCUCCUUUGUUGACUUCUGCCUCUCCUCAGUAACCACGCCUAAGCUGACCACAGACCUCCUGCAGGAGAACAAGACCAUUUCCUUCGGGGGCUGCAUGAGCCAGAUCCUGGGUGUGCAUUUCUUUGGAGGGGCUGAGAUGACGAUUCUCGUGACCAUGGGUUAUGACCGUUAUGUGGCCAUCUGCAAGCCGCUCCACUACUCCAGCAUCAUGGACAGGCAAAGGUGCAUCUGGUUGGUUUGGAUAGCGUGGAUGAUCGGCUUUUUGCAUUCUCUAAUUCAAAUCAUUAUGAUUUGGGGUCUGCCCUUCUGUGGACCCAGAGUAGUGGACAGCUUCUUCUGUGACAUUCCCUUGGUCAUGAAAUUAGCCUGUACAGAAACGGACACUUUGAGAACAGUGAUAAAUGCUAAUAGUGGCAUUUAUGCAACAACUUGCUUCAUUCUCUUGAUGAUCUCCUACACUUACAUAAUAUUAACUGUCCUCCUUCGUUCUAAAGACGGUGCCUCAAAAGCCCUCUCCACGUGUUCCUCCCACCUGGCUGUGGUGAUUCUGUUCUUCGGACCCUGCAUCUUCAUCUACUUAUGGGCAGUGAACAUCACCUGGGUGGACAAGUUUCUUGCUGUGUUUUAUACAAUCAUCACACCCGUCCUCAAUCCGGCCAUCUACACUCUGCGAAAUAAAGAGAUUAAGAAUGCCAUCAAGAGACUGUGGACCUGGCUCAAGUGA